UGGUCACGUGAUAAACCCGGAACUUCAACAAAGUAAACACAGGCGCGGGACAAGAGCUCCGGUUCGGUGGAAUUCUCCUCGUUCCCGCCGACAUGUUCCCCGUUUUCACGCCCACACACGGACUGCUGCUGGCGGCUCUCAGCCUGCUCCCGACCCGCCUCUCCUGCUCCUCCCUGGCGGUCCCGGACGUCCCGCACAUCGCCGCUUACUUCGGGACCAAGACCCGGUACGAAGAGGUGAACCCGCACUUGCUACGGGACGUCUUAUCCGUGAACACAUCAGUGCUGAAACCGCCGCCCACCGAGCGAUGCUCCCCGGUCCACCUGACCGCCGUUAUCAGGCACGGCAGCCGGUACCCGACCGCCAAGAACAUCCGCAGGAUCCUAAAGCUGAGUGAGCUGGUUCGGGCAGAAGCUUCCAGAGACUCCGGGAGCUCCGUCGGUUGGCUGCAGGACAUCCGGAGCCGCUGGGAGCCGUGGUACACGGAGGACAUGGACGGUCAGCUGGUGAUGAAGGGCAGGGACGACCUCCGUCAGCUGGCGCGCCGCCUGGCCACCUUGUUUCCGUCUCUGCUGUCUGAGGAGAACGUGAGGAAGAGGAGGGUGAGCUUCAUCAGCAGCUCCAAGCAUCGCUGUGUGAGCAGCGUGGAGGCGUUCCAGGAGGGGCUGCAGCAGCACUGGAGCCCCCACGACGGCCCUCCAGAGUUCCUUCAUGAGGUGGACGACGAGCUGAUGCGCUUCUUUGAGCGUUGCCGUGGUUACGUGGAAGGCGUGGAGAACAACCGCACGGCGUUGCUGGAAGUGGAGAAGUUCAAACACGGAAAGGAGAUGGACGGAGUGAGGAAGAAGGUGGCCGACAAGCUGGGCCUUCCUUUUCACAGCCUCACCCCAGAUCUGGUGGAAGCGGCGUUCUUCUUGUGUUCAUACGAGCUGUCAAUCAAAUCCGUCCACUCUCCGUGGUGCUUCCUGUUUGACGAGCGCGACGCUAAGGUGUUGGAGUACAAGUCGGACCUGAAGCAGUACUGGAAGCGCUCUCAUGGUCAUGUGAUCAGCAGCCUGUCCAGCUGUCCUCUCUUCCACCACGUCUUCAGGACGCUGGACAAAGCUGGACGUCCUCGCAGAUCCAGUGAGGCGUCUCCCGAACCGGCGUCCAUCCUGGUGGGACACGCUGAGACGCUCCUCCCCCUCCUCUCCCUGCUUGGACUCUACAAGGACCAGACUCCGCCCACUGCUAGUAACUACCACUCACAGCACGGUCGAAGCUUCCGGAGCGGUCGCAUCGUCCCGUACGCCGCCAACCUGCUCCUGGUUCUGUACGACUGCCGGGGCGGCCCGCGGCUGCAGCUGCUCGUCAACGAGACGCCGGUUGGCUUCCCGGGUCUGCAGGAGGACGCGCCGCUGUACCGCGACGUCCGCGCCGCCUACCGCCACCUGCUGGACGGCUGCGACUUCCGCUGGGAGUGUGAGGGGCGGGGCGGCGGCGGGGGCCACGGGCCCAAUACUGAGCUCUGACCCAGCAGAACCAACAGGACCUUCUCCACCUCAGCCUUAAGCCGCCUGCUGGAACACACCUGACCCGCCCCCACAACA